CGUGCUAUCUCCCUCAACAAUGCAGAACAACGUGCUAUCUCCCUCAACAAUGCAGAACAACGUGCUAUCUCCCUCAACAAUGCAGAACAACGUGCUAUCUCCCUCAACAAUGCAGAACAACGUGCUAUCUCCCUCAACCAUGCAGAACAACGUGCUAUCUCCCUCAACAAUGCAGAACAACGUGCUAUCUCCCUCAACAAUGCAGAACAACGUGCUAUCUCCCUCAACAAUGCAGAACAACAUGCUAUCUCCUCAACAACAAUGCAGAACAGUUGUUGUUUUUGUCUGGUUCUGUCUGUUUUUCACUGGAUCUUAUGCAGUGCGCAAAGUCACUUCACAUUCUUAAUGAUUCUCUAUUCACUCCAACAUGGAGCACUUUAAAAUCCAUUUGGAAUCCAUAAGCAACUCUUUAAAAUCUGUUUGGAAUCCAUAAGCAACUCUUUAAAAUCCAUUUGGAAUCCAUAAGCAACUCUUUAAAAUCUUUCUGGAUACUGACAGUUUAUCCCAGUAAAGUGAUCACUUCAUUGUAGGGACGUACUGGCCUUAUUUAUGAACUCAAACCUUUCCCCAACGAUGAACCAGAGCCAGACACCCAUCGUGACCUCCAUCUCCCCCCAGCAUGGUUCUGGGGGCUCGGGCGGGGUCUCUGGAGGGGGUAGCCCCGGGGGUGGAGGUUUGUGGGUGACCUCUCUCCUCGGCGCUACCCUCCUAAUCAUGCUCGCCAUGGGGGUGGCGGGCAACAUCUACACCCUCUUCGUCAUGCGUUCCGCGGCUCUCCGCCGAUCCGGCUCUAUGUACGUCUAUAUACUCAACCUUGCCCUCGCCGACCUCCUCUACCUCUCUACGAUCCCAUUCGUCAUCUGCACCUACUUUGCUCACGAUUGGUUGUUCGGCGAGGCCGGUUGCCGGGUCCUCCUGAGUCUCGAUCUCCUCACCAUGCACGCCAGCGUCUUCGUCCUGGUCGCCAUGUCGUUGGAGCGCUACCGGGCCGUGGCGAAGCCGUUUGACGCCCGGCGAUCCAGCACGCGGGGACGGAAGGUAGUGGCGGCCGUCAUCUGGUUCGCGGCGUUUGUCCUGACACUACCCAUGAUGAUUAUGAUACGGCUGAGGGAAGGGAAGUCGAACGCGGCCGGGACCGUCAAGCGGAUCUGUUACCCGACGUGGACCCAAGAGGCCUUCAAGGCCUACCUCACCGUCCUGUUCCUGACCAGCGUCCUCGUACCCGGUUUAGUCAUUGUUGCUCUCUACGCUGGCCUAGCACGUCGCUAUUGGACUGCUCAGGCUAGCUUGGGAGGAAGCAGCCGUUCAGCGAGAAGACGAGGCUUAAAACAAAAGGUAGUAACAAUGAUUUUUUGUAUCAUUGUAGCGUACUGGGUGUGUUUCCUGCCUUUCUGGGGGUGGCAGUUGGCACAGUUAUUUUCCCCACUGUCCCUCAGGGCUCUGUCUCCUACCACUCACAGUUACAUGAAUUUCUUUGUAACGUGUCUGACCUAUGGGAAUAGCUGUAUUAACCCUUUGUUGUACACCCUCCUGACCCGGAACUAUAAGGACUAUCUGGCUCAGAAGGGUCAGAGCACAGGGUCAAGUAGGGGAGACCCGGCAGCCAGAGCACCCCUACAGGAAAUAUAAUGAGAGUAGAGGUGACCUGGGGUCAGCAGCCGGAGCACCCCUACAGGAUCUAUAAUCAGAGUAGAGGUGACCUGGGGUCAGCUGCUGAAGAACCCCUACAGGAAAUAUAGGAGAAGAGUGGGGAAGUAUUUUGACGUGACACAAGUAGGAACUAUUAUACUUGACUUAAAUCCUUUUUUUCCUGGGGAGGAUAGGUCAUCCAUGCAGGAACUAUGAAAGGGGGGAGUUAUUCUGACAAGAGCACUAUUCCCAAAGCAUUUCUGAUACAGCAUUUUUAUCUUUUCACUCUGAGGAGUACCUUGGAUUUGGUGAAAACAUGAGGACAUUUCAUUAUAGCUGUUGGGGCAAGAGCAGCCUCCAAAACAAACGUUUUUUGAGUAGUUAGUGCAGCAUAAACUUGACCUAACAACAUGGCUUACUCUAAACUCAGUAGUUUUUGUAUUUUUACAUCAUCUGAAUAUUAUUGGUAUAUAGUUAUACAGGUGUUGGAUCUUAAUUUGUGCCAGUUUGCUACAGCAGGAAAAUAAUCCAGCAGCAACAGGAAAAGUGAAUUAUUAUGUGGAUUAUAAUUAAUGGACGUUUUCUGUAGGGAUUGAUCGUUUUUUCGUAAGGGAAAAUCAAGUCUGAAAUGUCAAAGUGGAAAUGACAAAUUUAAGAAACAUUUUUAUAACUCAAAGCCUUGUUAAACCUCAAACCUCUAAUUGUUUAAUUUAACACAUUACAGGGAAAUUGUCCUGCAACAGAGUGAUCAGAUUAAGAUCCUACAUCUGCAGCAAUAGCUGUUUGACAUAUAUUUUGCCAGGGGAUUCCAGUUUGCAUUCAUCAUGUCGGCUGCUGUAUUUCUUGUCACAUAUUGACAUGUCAUGUAAUCAGUCACUGUGUAUUUCUUGUCACAUAUUGACAUGUCAUGUAAUCAGUCACUGUGUAUUUCUUGUCACAUAUUGACAUGUCAUGUAAUCAGUCACUAAGUAUUUUGUUUCUUACUUCAACGUUGUUGUCAUAUUGCCAAAAAUGUGUCAAGCUCAUGUUCUUGGUUGGUUUUUCUCAUCUUGUAUUCUUUUAUUACAUGAUUGUUCUAAUAAAGUUUUGACAGAUUGAUUU